AUGGAAGUACUGUUGAGAUGAAGGCUAGAACCAUCGGUCUGCUCAGGCCCCAGAACUGUGCCUGCCUGAUGCUAAGCCUCACAACUGCCUCUCCUGGUGCAUAUCCAGAAUGGAGAGGGGCCCUUUCCCUCUUAGUCUGUAAACUUUCUUAGUUUGUCCAGGACAGGAAGGACACCACUGAGGGCCCCUUGCCCAAAGCCCCUGCAGUGACUGAGUUGGGCCGGUCUGAGUGCCUCAGCAGAGCUUUUGUGUCCUUGGUGAGGUGAGGCCCCUGGUCUCUGGCUGUGGCUCUUGCUCCUGGCCUGUGGCUCUGGAAACUGAAAAAAUGGGGCCACUGGGCAUCUCUCCACUAUGCAGCUGAAGGCUCCAGGUACCUCUUUCCAUCUCAAAUAGGAGCUCAGUGAUAAGGAAGAGAAUGUGAAGUCUGGGGUAGGUGUGAGGCCAAGGGCACAACUUUCCCCUGCUCCUUGGAGACUCAAGGGCAGGAGGGCAGGUGAUGAGGCACUUGAUCUCAUUCUCUUAUCCCAAAACGGCCCUUCUCUCUCCACCUCCACCCUUACCCAUGCAGCUAGCUGCAGACAUUGUUUUCCUUUCCUUCUUCCUCCUCCCUCUCUCCCUUUUUUUAAUUUUUUAUUUUUAAAGAAAACAGCUCCUGGCAGAAGGAGCCCAGCUGCAGCGGUUUCUGGCUGCCCAGCUUGCUCAGCAAGACGCCACCAGUCCAGGGAACCCCUUCCCAGGGAAGGCGGUAGGUCUAUGGGCAAAUUCAAACUGCCCAGCUGUCAGAAAGGGGCCUGGAGUGGUGCAAGUUGGCAUAUGGAGACAAGGUGAAGGGUCUGCUUUAACCCCAAACUCUCAGGCACAUAUUAAUAACCAAACUACAGCAACCCCGGGCUGAUGCAGCAGUCUUUUCGGCAACUAGGCCACUUAAUUCCAGCUGUGUUAGCCUUCUAGGAUUCCUGUCCUGAUCUGCCAUUCUCAGGCCUGGGAUAAGGAUGAUGAGGUCAGGAAGAUGAUUCCAAAUUUCCAAGGGACCUAGGAGAAGUAAGCUUUUCUGUGUCUUGAAGCUUCCAGCCCAGCUUCGCUGCUCAGCCUGGGGGCUGUGGAUCGGCCACUGCAACCCCACUAGGAAGCAGGCUGGACUGAACAUGGUGGGGGAGACUCCUUGUAAUAAUUGUUUUUCACACACAACUUCCAACCCUUUAUCCCCACUUAUGCCCCCAACUAGCAAUGACCCAUUAAGGGACAAGCAACUCAAUCUUUGAUCAUUUCAUCCACAGCCAAAAUAAUAAUGACGGUAAUUUGAUAGACAAGGCACAAAUAGAGAAACUAACGCCACCCAAGAAAGUGGGUAAAAGGCUCAAACCCCUCUUCUAGAAGGCUCAACCCCGUGAGUGAGCCACGGCCGACCGGAUUUCUUUCUCGCUUGGCGGUUGCAGGGAGCCAGCAGGGAGGCAGCCGCCGACGCCAUGGCGGCCUGCGGUCCGCGCUCCCGCAGAUCGCCGGGAGGUGGCGCGCUCUGCUCAGAGGCCAACGCCAACCUUCUCGGUUUCUCCCCCUUCUCCUUUUUCCCCCCUCUCGGAGGCUCGCAUUGAAUCGGCCCUAACGAUUCUCGGAUCGUCAUUAUUUGUAACCAUAGAGCAUGAAUUACCUCUUGAGGUCAUCAGCGAGAAUUUACGACUGGUCAACAAAAGCACGUGAUUCCCUAACGCCCCCCCAUCCCCCUUUCAGCCCCCCCCCCCCAUAUUUGGCCGCAUACAUAGCAAAACGAAGUACAGUGCAUCGCUAUAAUUCAUUAAUACAUCAUAAAUCGUGAAGCACAGGGUUAUAACGACCACGAUCCACAAAUCAAGCCCUCCAAAAUCACCCAAAUGAGCUCGUACUUUGUAAACUCCUUCUCGGGGCGUUAUCCAAAUGGCCCGGACUAUCAGUUGCUAAAUUAUGGCAGUGGCAGCUCUCUGAGCGGCUCUUACAGGGAUCCCGCUGCCAUGCACACCGGCUCUUACGGCUACAAUUACAAUGGGAUGGACCUCAGCGUCAACCGCUCCUCGGCCUCCUCCAGCCACUUUGGGGCGGUGGGCGAGAGCUCCCGCGCCUUCCCUGCGCCCUCUCAGGAGCCCCGCUUCAGGCAAGCGGCGUCGAGCUGCUCCCUGUCCUCGCCCGAGUCCCUUCCCUGCACCAACGGUGAUAACCACGGCGCCAAGCCCUCUGCUUCGUCCCCCUCCGACCAAGCGACCCCCGCCAGCUCCAGCGCCAAUUUCACCGAAAUAGACGAGGCCAGCGCGUCCUCGGAGCCUGAGGAAGCCGCGAGCCAGCUAAGCAGCCCUAGCCUAGCUCGGGCGCAGCCAGAACCCAUGGCCACCUCCACAGCCGCGCCCGAGGGGCAGACUCCUCAGAUAUUCCCCUGGAUGAGGAAGCUUCACAUCAGCCAUGAUAUGACCGGGCCGGACGGGAAAAGGGCCCGGACCGCGUAUACCCGCUACCAGACCCUGGAGCUGGAGAAGGAGUUCCACUUCAACCGCUACCUGACCCGGCGGCGGCGUAUCGAGAUCGCCCACGCGCUCUGCCUGUCUGAGCGCCAGAUCAAGAUCUGGUUCCAGAACCGGCGCAUGAAGUGGAAGAAAGACAACAAACUGAAAAGUAUGAGCCUGGCUACAGCCGGCAGCGCCUUCCAGCCCUGAACCCGCACGGAGGAGCUCUGGGCAGCCCCACAGCCCGGGCCACCCCCAGCCCCGACCCCUCUGAUCCUCCCUGCGCUGCCGCUGACCGCUGGGGACCGGUUCCCAUGAGCCUGCCUCACCCUGGCCUUGUGUUACAAUUUUUCGUUCGGUCUUAUGUCUUCCCGUGGCUCCCUCUCUCCUGGACUUGUUAUCUUGUUAUUAUUGUUAAUAAUAAUAAUAAUAAUAAUAAUAAUCCUUAUUAUUUUCCCUCCAUGCUCCCCACUCCCCUCUGCUCGCCCCAAAUCCGCCAGUGUUUCUGAAUGUUCGUGUCUGUGGUUGCGCUCCUUUCCCCAGGGGAAAAAAAAAAAGAAAUUCGCAUGUUUAAUGUGAACUUUCCCCUUCCCACCUGUGUUCUAACUUAUUUAUAAAAGAAUGAUAGCUGUAUUUUUUGAGUUUCAGCUGGAAACUUCGCUAAGAGGCAGCAAUUGAGGUGGGGUGCCACAUCCCCAGGCCCAGCUGAGCUGGCCUCUGAGAUGGAGUCCAUGACUGUGUCUAUUUUCACCCCCCUCCUCCUUCUCCUCCUUCCUCACUCUCAGGGCCCAUGUCUCCCAGUGACUUGGUCCUGGGCUGAGAAGGGGCCAGGGAGUACCACAGGAUGAUGUUGAGAAGAGGGAAGGAAAAUAGUGAGAUUUUAAGUUCCUUCUGCCUGGUAGGCCCCACAAGGCCUGGUCUGGGAGUGUGCAGAAACAAAUAAUACUCAGUGUAAAAUGUCUUGUGUAUUUCUCUGUGGGUCUAGCUAGAGGACCCAAAGCUUGUAAAUAUGGGGAUAGUCUGGGUCAGACCCAUCUCUUCCUCCCUAUCCAUUUCGCUUCCAAGGCCAUUUGUAGUGAGUGAGUGGAUGCUGUGCUAUGUGUGAAAUCUGUCUUUGCCAGGCCUGUCUCAGUGGUUUGCUUUUGGUAUUUGUUUGUAGCUUUCCUUGAAGUCAAAUAAAUGUUUCCCCUACUCCA